UGGUGGCACCAGCCCGGGAGAAGGGCAAGACGGUGGCCGAGAGGGUUCCGGGAGGCGGACGGUGGCCGAGAAGGUCCGGCAUGGAGCACCUGGAGCGCUGCGCGUGGCUUCUCCGCGGGACGCUGGUGAGGGCGGCGGUGAGGCGCAACCUGCCCUGGGCGCUGGUGGCUGCCAUGCUGGCGGGCUCGGUCCUCAAGGAGCUGUCCCCGCUGCCCGAGUGCUACCUCAGCAACAAGCGCAACGUCCUCAACGUGUAUUUUGUUAAAGUGGCCUGGGCCUGGACAGUCUGUCUGCUCCUGCCUUUCAUUGCCCUCACCAACUACCACCUGACAGGCAAGGCCGGCCUGGUCCUGCGGCGGUUGAGCACGCUGCUCGUUGGCACGGCCAUCUGGUAUGUCUGCACAGCCCUCUUCUCCAACAUCGAACACUACACGGGCAGCUGCUACCAGUCCCCAGCCCUGGAGGGCAUCAGGCAGGAGCAUCGGAGCAAGCAGCAGUGCCACCAGGAAGGGGGCUUCUGGCACGGCUUUGACAUCUCAGGCCACUCCUUCCUACUGACCUUCUGUGCACUCAUGAUCGUGGAGGAGAUGGCCGUUUUGGACGAGGUGAAGACAGAUCGCAGCCACCGCCUCCACACUGCCAUCACCACCCUGGUUGUCGCCCUGGGCUUUCUGACCUUCAUCUGGGUGUGGAUGUUUUUGUGCACAGCCGUUUACUUCCACGACCUGAUCCAGAAGGUGUUUGGCACCUUUUUUGGUUUGCUGGGCUGGUACGGGACAUACGGGUACUGGUACCUGAAGUCCUUCUCUCCCGGGCUUCCUCCCCAGAGCUCUAGUUUGACUUUGAAGCGAGAAACUUACAAGAAAUAAAAGAGAAACAAGUGGGGACAGGAGGACAAUGGCUGAUAGAUUUUCCACCUACUUUGUCCAGUGACUGGCUGAACUAUUGGUCCCACUUCAGAGACCAUGCUUCCUAGGCACUUUUGUGGUGGGGUGGAGUCUGGGAAACAUUCGGGCCUCAGACUCUGCUGGUGAUGCCAGCCAUGCUGGCAGCACCACCAUUCCUGUCAGAUACUUCUCAUCUCUGGCAAGUCGUGACCUUAAUCUGUUCCCUGAGGGGGAGCUAAGGCUCAGCAGAGGGACAGCAGACAGCCUCCUGAUGUGGGUCAAAGGGAGCCAGAGCUGCAGGACUCCCUCUGCUGUGGUCUCCCUGGCUCUGGUCCUCUCGAGAGUUUAGUGGUCCUUUUAACAGUGUUUCCCCACGGCCGAUCCUAAGAUGAGCAUUUAUCUCUGGCAGGUUCUUUAUUAAACACCCCGAUGCCUAAAACACA